AUGACAACAUCCGGUGAAAUCCAAGACACAGUAGAACCCUCAGGCCCUGUGCUGAGGAAUGUCCGAUCGCGCGAUCGCGACGUGGCCGAAGAUCCCCGCGAGGCUCUGGAGCUUCAAGAAAUCCAGACGCGGGAAGACAACGAACUCAACGAGUCUACUGCUUCCGCCUCGUCUGGCGAUGAGUAUCGCGUCGUGACGCGUCGGACCACAUCACGGGCUGCCAGCGCGCGUGCGGAUGCCCGCAGACAGGCGCGGAAAGGUGCUUGGGGCAAACUCGCUCGCUUUUGGACGCAUCAUGUCACCUUAACGGUUCCGCAUAAGAGCAAUCGGGACUACUUUGCUUUGGAGAGGACCUUUCUCGCGUAUAUCCGCACAUCGCUUGUUAUCACACAACAAGGGGUGCUCAUCGCACAGCUGUUCCGCCUGCAGACAGCGGAAGCCUUGGCUGAUAAAUUGGGAUUUCAUCAGGUGGGGGUUCCGCUGUCGGUGACCUGUCACAGUGUGGCCAUUCUCGUGGCCUUGGUCGGCGCUUUUCGAUUCUGGCGACAACAGGGUGCGAUCGCUAGGAACAAGAUACACGCUGGAGGGUGGGAAUUGAACUCGGUGGGAAUUCUUUUGGGCUGUAUCAUUUUGACGACGCUUGUCGUAUCCAUUGCGAUCAUUGUCGAGAUCGAUACAGAUCCAUCCAUUGUCUUGAAUCGAAUACUGGGUCGAUGA